CGACAAAAGGCAGCGGACGCAUCUGGGGAAAUGGCCGAAGCAGGGGAACAAGCGGAUGCGCUGGAUGCGUUGAGAGCCUCGCUCGCCUCGCCCGAGGGCGUCGCUUCCAUUGCGCUUCUGGAUGAGAAUGCCUUGGUGAUAGAGGAUCUCGGCAAGGCGACCUCGCUCAGAUUCGCUUCGGGCCUGGUGUUACUCAAAUCCCACAUUACCCGACUGGCCAAGUCCAGAACCUCGCCAGUGCUGCAAGAAGGAUCCACGGCGACGCCCAGCACAAGCACCGAUGAUUUCUUUCCUCUGGAUGCCCUCGUCUUCGCCGUGCAGAUGGCAAGCGCACAAGGUGGUCUCUACGUCGUCCAAGCCACCAGCCGAGGCUUGCCGAGGCUCGACGCCCUCGAGCGGCAGGACAUCUUGGCUUAUCUGACGGGAGCAAGGAAUGAGUGGGAAGGCGUGCUAAGCAAGGACGUCGUUGCCCUUCGAGCAUUGUCAGCGCCAAGCGCCGAGGCUGGACCAUCGACAACACCGCCGUCGUCGCCGCCAGCAGCGCACAAGGCCAUGUUUGGACAGCUGGGGGCAGUAGGCGCGGCAGGAGACGCAGCUGCAGCUGCGGCUGGCGUAGCUGCCAAAACGAUGGUGCUGCCCCCCAAGAGACCCUACGUGCCUUCCAAAGCCGAUGCCGCCUUUGUCAAGCGCUUGAAGACGAGUGGUACGGAGAUCACGCCUCGAACGAGAAACGACGCGCUCCGUGGAUCACAGCCUUGGAGCAAGACGGCAGACUUUGCCUCGCUGCGGGCCACAUUGGCCCCUCAGAUUGAUGCAGCUCGCAAGGUGGCAGGCGCAGGAGGGAGCUCAUCGUCUAGCAGUCGCCAGCCUAUGCCAUCACAGUCACUAUCCAACGAUGCCAGCCGAGCUCGGAAAGGCCGACAACAAGACCCGAUCAUUGUUCUUUCCAACAGCCCGACAUCGCUCAUCAACAUGUUCAAUGUCAAAAGUUUUCUCGAGGAGGGCACGUUUGUGCCGCCUGAAGAGGCAAGACUCAAGGCUGGCGGAAUGGCCGAAAGCAUUGUCAUUGUCAACCAUAGAUUGUCGUCGCAGGGGCCUGAAGCAAAGGCAAGACGCUUUCUCGUUGUUGACAACGUCGAAGCGCUUGCAAGGCUCACGAGCAGUGGAGGCGGUGGCGGCGGUGGAGGCGAUGCCUGGACAAGGGUCUGCGCGGUCUUCACCACUGGUCAGCUUUGGCAAUUCAAGGAGUAUCGGUGGUCCGAACCCCGCGAAUUAUUCAAGAACGUAAUGGGAGUUUACGUGCGGUGGCACAACGAAACAAAGAACGCAAAUGUGCGAGAUUGGCCCGUGGUGGAGCUAGCGAUCGAUAGAACGAAAAGACACACAGACCGCCAACUCUCCGCCCACUUCUGGCGCAACGCAGAGAACCUCAUCACGAAGCGCAUGUUGUGACCUUCUACUGUACCACCUGUAUUAAUGCCUCACCUUGCCAUAUGCAAAUAGCGUGCAUGAAAGCGCUGGUCGGGAAAGGAAGCUUCUUUUGCC